CAGCAUCACUGCAGAAGAUGUCGAUCCAAUCUAGAAGCAUUUGACCACCUUUCAAGCUGCAAAAUCUCUAUAAAUGUCUCUUCCCACAAGCUUAACUUUGCCAUAGAAUCAGUCAUAGCUCAGCCAUGGCAAGCCACCACCUCUGCAAAUGGCUUCCAUUCCUUCACCUGCUCUCCUGUCUUCCUGUUCUUGCCUUGGCUGCCAGAUCCACCCCUUCUAGCACAUUCAAGGCUGUCAACCUCGGAGGAUGGCUUGUCACUGAGGGCUGGAUCCAGCCCUCCCUCUUUGAUGGCAUUCCCAACAAGGAUUUCUUGGAUGGUACUCAGCUCCAAUUCAAGUCGGUGACGCAGCAGAUGUACUUGUGCGCCGAGAGCGGUGGCGGAACGAUCAUCGUCGCCAACCGAUCAAGUGCUUCGGGCUGGGAGACCUUCAAACUGUGGAGGAUCACGGAGUCCACCUUCCAGUUUCGGGUCUUCAAUGGACAGUUCGUAGGCCUCAGCGACCAAGGAAAUGGCGUAGACGUAGUGGCCGUCUCGACUUCACCAGGUGAAUCGGAGACGUUCGAGAUCGUCGUAAAUGCCAAUGACUCCAACCGUGUUCGAAUCAGAUCAACCAACGGAUUGUUCUUGCAGGCGAAGAGCGAUGUGUUGGUGACGGCGGAUUACCCUGAAAGCACCAGCUGGGGAGACGACGAUCCAUCCGUCUUCCUGAUGACGAAAUUUGGGACGCUGCAAGGGGAGUACCAGGUCACCAAUGGUUACGGAACAGAAGCCGCAGCAGUGAUGACAGAGCACUGGAACACCUUCAUAACCGAGGAUGAUUUCAAGUUCAUAUCGGGCACCGAGUUGAAUGCGGUGAGGAUUCCAGUCGGGUGGUGGAUCGCCAGUGACCCCAGCCCUCCAUCGCCUUUCGUUGGAGGGUCACUUCGAGCUUUGGACAACGCCUUCACCUGGGCAGAUAAAUACAAUCUGAAGGUCAUAAUCGACUUGCACGCUGCACCGGGGUCGCAGAACGGGUACGAGCACAGUGCAUCAAGAGACGGAUCGAUCGACUGGGGCACGACCGACUCCACCAUCGAUCGAACAGUGGCCGUGAUCGAGUUCCUCGCCGCCAGGUACGCCCAAAGACAAAGCCUUCUAGCGGUGGAGCUGCUCAACGAGCCCCGAGCCAGCGGAGUUCCCCUCGACACCCUGAAGAAGUACUACCAAGCAGGCUAUGACGCCGUCCGCAAGCACACGACCAGCGCCUACGUGAUCAUGUCGAACCGUCUCUCCGGCAGCAACACCGAGUUACUCCAGUUCGCGAGCGGCCUCAGCCGCUCGGUCGUCGACGUCCACUACUACAACCUCUUCUCCGACAUCUUCAACGGCUUGACCGUGCAGCAAAACAUCGACUACGUGAACAACAACAGGUCCAGUGAACUGAACACCGUCAUCACUGCAAAUGGACCUCUUGUGUUCGUAGGGGAAUGGGUGGCAGAGUGGACGUUGAGUGGGGCAUCGAAGGAGGACUACCAGCGUUUCGCGCAGGCUCAGCUGGACGUGUAUGGCCGAGCAACAUUUGGGUGGGCGUAUUGGACGCUGAAGAACGUGGAAAACCACUGGAGCUUGAGAUGGAUGAUCGACAAUGGCUACAUAUCUCUGUAGCCCAUUAUAACAGCAAUAGAAUUUGGCCAAUGUUCUCCUUAUCCCUGCACGUUCAGUAUCAAAAAAGAAAUCAAAGGGAGCAUCAUCCACUCAAUCCCAGCUUAUAUCAAAUGUAUUUUCGGCCAAUGUUUCCUCGUAUUCAAUAAUGUGAAAUAAGAAAUGUGUCAACCUUCUUCUCC